AUGUUGGAUAAGGUAAACUGGUCUGACGUAAAGCGGAAGGGAGUUCGUCAGCGUGGGAAACUCGUUUCCUGGUUGAAAGAUGCGGUAAUGACUGACGUCGAGAACAGUGUGCGCGCGGCGACGAGCGUUGAGCCGUACGGGCCCACACAGCGGGAACUGGCGGAAAUCGCGAGCGCUACCCACAACGCGGAAGAGUAUCCCCUUGUGAUGAGUAUCAUCUGGUCACGGCUGAACGACAAGGGGCGAUACUGGCGGCGGGUAUACAAGGCUCUGGACUUGUUGCGGUACCUGCUGCUGCACGGCUCGCCACGCGUGUUGGAGGAGGCGCGAGCAGCGUUGCCGCACCUCGAGGUUCUGCAAGAGUUUCGUUAUUUUGACCAGACGGAGCGGCGGGACUGUGGACUGAGUGUUCGCCAGAAGGCCAAAGUCGUUGUGGAGAUCAUACGAGACCCUAGGCGAUAUGAGGAGGAGCUGCAGCGGAGUCUAACCAUGAUGCAGAAACUGGGCGCUUCAGUGGGGUCGACGCCCCUGCACAGCGGUUCAACUGGUGCAGCCCCGGGUGAUUUGCCUUUUUACGCAAGCAGAUCUGGCGGAAGCCUGGCACGCGGUCCAGAUAUGUACACAGGCGCAGCGCGCAGUGCACUGCGGUCUGGUGAUGCCUACGCACCGGCGCCCAGCGCCGGCUUUCGUGGUUUCGGCUCCGAGGAGGUCGACUUUGAUAGGGCAGCGACGAUAGCCUCAACUUCCGCGUCUACAACAGCUGCUUUCUGUGCCACCAAUAGUGCACCAGUCAGAGCCGACACAGGGCCUAGCGCUACCCGAGUCGAUGAUUUGCUGGGCUUCGACGACGGCGAUGCAUCUGAAGCGGCCACCAGCAAAGCAUCAAAAGCGGAACUCGAAAGCAAGGAUGAUGCGCUUGGAGGUAUGAACGCAACGAACGAUUGGAGUGACUUUGUGGCGGCCUCGUCGGGCACCGGCGCCAGCGGUCUUGCAUCCAAGCCAAGCACCGCUGCGAUGCCUUCUGCGAGCGGCACGGUUCCAAGCGCCGCAUACGCCAGCGAUGGUGAUGAUUUUUUCCAAAUGAUCCAAUCUUCUGUCGUCGUGUCGCGAUCAAAGGCCUCAGACGCAUUGCACAGUACCGAAGCGCCGUCGGUUAGCGUACUCCAUACCGAAAACCGCGUCGAAGCGCAAGGCAUGUACCCGCCAUCGCUCUCUACGAAUGCGCACAGUUCAAAGAAGCUCUCGGAAUCGCCUGGAAAUAACUUGCUGAGUGAUUUGCUCUCAGGAGCAACGCCAGCAACACCAGCAACGGCAAACUCGGCAUCGAGUCGAACACCAAACGCAAUGCAGCGUGCGGGGGUGGCGGCUUCGACGGGGCCGCGUGUCCAACCGACAGCGCGAGGCGCUCUGCGACCGAAUUCCAGUGGCCUCGAGGCAGGCCCCUCGGACGAUCCGUUUUCAAAUCUUCUCGCUGAAAUGGCGUUGAAAGACGCAGAUACCGUGAAAAACAAAUGA